GGGACCACAAUGCUUAUGAAAACUCCACUUUGCAGAAUGCUUCUGCCAGGUCCUACUGUCUGUCUCUUUCCAGGGAUUUAAUACCUCCAAGAUUCAGGAUUGCUUUUACAUCUCUUGCUUGUGCAACCCUGACAACAGAGCCUACUGCGAGCUGUCUUAAUUGAAGAGCAGUAACCACCUCUUCCUGUUAUUGCCAUGAGGAAUACGUACACUCUCUUUCUCUUUGUAGUGGGCUCCUUCUACUUCAACGGAAGCACUGCAGCAGAUGCUGAGGAAAAGCUAAUGAACCACCUACUGAGUCCUGACAGGUACAACAAGUUAAUUCGCCCAGCUGUCAACUCAUCCCAGUUGGUAUCUAUAGAACUGCAGGUUUCCCUGGCACAGCUCAUCAGUGUGAACGAACGAGAGCAGAUCAUGACUACAAAUGUCUGGCUAAACCAGGAGUGGAUUGAUUAUCGUUUGGCUUGGAAGCCUUCUGACUACGAAGGAAUAAAUAUGCUGAGAAUACCUGCAAAACAUAUCUGGCUCCCAGACAUUGUGCUUUACAAUAAUGCGGAUGGUACGUAUGAAGUUUCGCUAUACACAAACGCAAUUGUACAGAACAAUGGAAGCAUUCGCUGGCUGCCUCCAGCGAUUUACAAGAGUGCCUGCAAGAUUGAGGUUAAGCAUUUCCCAUUUGAUCAACAAAACUGCACCUUAAAGUUCCGGUCCUGGACAUAUGAUCAUACAGAAAUUGAUAUGGUACUUAAAACUUCCAUGGCAAGCAUGGAUGACUUCACACCAAGUGGAGAAUGGGACAUUGUAGCACUCCCAGGAAGAAGAACUGUAAAUCCUUUGGAUCCCAAUUACGUUGAUGUGACAUAUGACUUCAUUAUUAAAAGGAAACCUCUUUUUUAUACCAUCAAUCUUAUAAUUCCUUGUGUGCUAAUUACAUCCUUAGCCAUCCUGGUGUUCUACUUGCCUUCAGACUGCGGUGAAAAAAUGACCUUAUGCAUAUCCGUGCUGCUUGCUUUGACCGUGUUCUUACUGCUGAUCUCCAAAAUUGUUCCUCCAACAUCUCUAGAUGUCCCACUGAUUGGGAAGUAUCUCAUGUUUACAAUGGUACUGGUGACCUUCUCGAUAGUUACUAGUGUCUGCGUACUCAAUGUCCACCAUAGAUCUCCAAGUACUCACACUAUGCCUCCAUGGGUAAAGCUGGUUUUCCUUGAAAGACUCCCAGCCUACCUGUUCAUGAAGCGUCCAGAAAAUAAUUCUCCACGGCAAAAGCCGUGCAACUGCAAAAAGACAAGAGCAGAGAAUCUCUGCAUGGACCCAGCAGACUUCUACAAGAACUCUACUUACUUUGUGAACACAGCCUCUGCCAAAAAAUACGACAUGAAGAUCACUGACACUCUUGACAAUGUCAGCAGCCAUCAAGAUUUUAGGUUAAGAACAGGCACAAAAUUUUCUCCUGAAGUCCAAGAAGCGAUUGAUGGAGUCAGUUUUAUAGCAGAGCACAUGAAAAGUGAUGACAACGACCAGAGUGUCAUUGAAGACUGGAAGUAUGUUGCCAUGGUAGUGGACAGGCUGUUUCUCUGGAUAUUCGUCCUUGUUUGUGUUCUGGGCACUGUUGGAUUAUUUCUGCAGCCGCUCUUUCAGAACCACAUUGCUGCCACGAACCCUUAGCUCUUAUCUAAAAUUGCCAAUGCCUACAUAGAUGCUGGGUCUCAUCCUGCUCUCAGUUGCCCUCUGCUAAAUCCAGAGAGAUGUCAAACGAGUUGCUCUCCCAUCGGAUUUAUGGUAGGGAUGUGGAAAGCAGCAACAUUAUUUUGAUAGGAAAAAAUGUUCAAAAAAGAAAAGGAAUCAUUUUUCCCAAUGGGUUCAGUACUUCUGGUGAUCUCAUGGCUCUUCUUUCAACUCGUUGAAGCCUGAAUAUUAGAGAAAGACAUUUCCCGUAUAAUAUGCCAGCUUGGCUCACAAGGAUUAUUUAUUAAAAGGGUAUUUUAUAUACAUUGCCUCAGGAAAGCCAUUUUCUUUCCCUAGAAUACUGCAGUUUCCAUGCUCCAAAGAAGGCAUUUAUUUCCUCAAAUGCAUCAAAAUGAUUUGUGCCUGAUUUAUACAGAGCUUGAUGGGUGGAAUCAUUGUUUAGCUGUGUUGGCUGUGAUAUUUAAGACUGAACUGAGAAACAGAGCCAUACUUCUGGUUUCUCCUCGUGCUGUCCCUGUAGUAGGUUAAUCAACCGAGGCCAAAUUAAUAUGUAAUAUUAAACAUUUAUAUGCUCUGUUCAGUGACAAAAUGUAAAUAAAAUGUAAAAAUUCUCCC